AUGAGUCUGAGAAGCCUACAGGAGAUCCAGGUGGAAGGGGACUUCCGCGAACAGCUCAUUAUUGGCGCUCUCCCCCAAAUCUCCCUCGCGUUGGACUUUGUCCACGAAGCAGGGGUGGUCCAUACGGUUGAGUGUGGCGAUGUAUUCCAAAUUGCGUCCAAACCCAUUGCUUCCAACAGCAUCAUGUACAACCUUCACUCUGACAAUCUCCUCAUCGGUAUCGGCGACAAGUCUGUUUUUACUGAAGUGGAAGAAAACGAGAUGGAGAAACCAUCGCCCCGUAAAGUGAUCGGCGAUACCGUCAUUCAGGUCUCUCAAUACAUGUUGAAUGGCAGAGGCCCGCUCAUUCUGUGCGAUUUGUUUGGGUCAAGCCCAAAUUGGCAGCGAGCAUCAUGGAAACGCGAUGCCCGUACCCUAUCGAGCCCCUGA